AAUCUCUGGAAAAUUGUAGGAAAUGAAGACAAUAUCGACAGUGAUGAGUAGUUGCGCGCUAUUACUGAUAACAGCUGCAAGUAAUAUUAGCGAACAAUGCAAAAUUCAUGAAAUGACGACAGUUGAUUGCCACUGCAUUGGAAAUGAGGAAUUUUUCCUACCAGAAGGAUACAACUAUGAAAAUGUGACGACUAUACAAAUCGCGUCCUGCAACAUUGCGAAUCUUCAUUUUUCCAGUUUAACGGAAGCGAGUCAAAUUACGGAAAUUAUCGUGCAAAAUAUUAGUGAACGUUUGAUCUUUGAAUUAUUUUUAACAUCAAAAAGAUUGAAACGACUCAAGUUGUCGAGAAUUGGUCGAAUACCAUUAAUUAGUCGUGACACGUUCGUUAGGCUUAAAAGCAUUGAAACACUUCGUAUCGAAGAUACGCGGAUUAAUAAUUUCGCGGAACGAUUCACCGACAUAGCGAUAACCAACUUUUCGAUGAUCAAUGUUACGAUCGAACGUAUCGAUCAGCUUGGUUUCUCGGCAAAGGGUGAAAUUCUACACAUUAAAAAUAGUGAAUUUCAAAAUGUUACAGGUUCGUUGAAUUUCGCUUACUUCUCAACCGUAGAGAUUCUUCAUUCCAAGUUUCAAUUGAAUAAACCGGGUUAUAUAUUGAUCGAAGGUAAUAUCGUCUAUAUCGAGGACUGUGUUUUUUCCAAUUCGAGCGCAAACGUAGUUGCGGCGGGAAGCAUUAAGAUAAAUGAUACUUGCGCAGAUGGGAAAAGCUCUAUGAGACUCUCAUCGAAUAAUAUUAAAAGUGUAAACAAUCGAUUGCCUACCGAAAUCAUUUAUACCAAGAAUAAAAACGAAUCAGAGCAUUUUUUCAGUCGAAAUAAUACAGUGUGUAUUGCUGGAAAUUGCAAAUGUCCGAAAAGCAGUGGUCAGAGUCCACAGUUAGUAAGCCUAUUUCUGGCAUAUACUUUCCAAUUUUUCUUACCAAUCGUUAUUCUACUAUCGAUACUACCUUAAUUUCGUUUUGGAACAAGAAACGCCUUAUCUUUUUCUUUGUUUCUAAACUAUUCAAAUCAUGGAAUCCUGUUAUUCGAUGAAAUUAUUCUCUAUCGUUCUGCAUCUUAUGACACAUGUUUUCUUUUAAACAAAGUACAACUCCAUCCCUGAAUUAUGUAUGCAAUUAAUGCAUGACCUGGUUGUUCUUUGUUAAAUGAUUUUCAAAUUUUUGUGAAUUUCCAAUUUUAAUGCUUUCAUUCAAUUCUAAUACUUUUAUUUAAUGAUUGCUGUUAACACGUACGUAGAUUCUUCUUUCAUUGUAAAUUUUCUAUAGUUUGAUGGCC